GGGCUGAGCCGAGCAGAGCCGAGCCGGGCUGAGCUGCACCGGGACGGGCUGAGCCGAGCCGGGCUGGCCUGGGCUGAGCUGCACCGCACCGGGACGGGCCGAGCGGAGCCGAGCCCAGCUGGGCUGAGCCGCACCGGGACGGGCUGAGCGGAGCCGAGCCGGCCUGGGCUGAGCUGCACCGCACCGGGACGGGCUGAGCUGCUCCGGGACGGGCUCCGCACCGCCGCCAUGCAGAUGUCUUUCUACUUCUCGGACACGGUGGUGCUGCUCUUUGACUUCUGGAGCGUCCACAGCCCCGCAGGGAUGGCGCUCUCAGUGCUGGUGAUCCUGCUGCUGUCCAUGCUUUACGAAGCCGUCAAGAUGGGCAAGGCCAUGCUGCUGCGGUGGGCACUGCUGGCUCUGCCCCGCAGCCUCAGCCGGGAGUCGGUGGUGGAGCCGGAGGAGGGGGGCACCGGCACUGUGCAGGGCAGCUGGUUUUGGUACCACGUCGGCCAGACGCUGUUCCACGUGGUGCAGGUGGUGCUGGGCUACAUGGUGAUGCUGGCCGUCAUGUCCUACAACGCCUGGAUCUUCCUGGGGGCCAUCGCGGGCUCCGCACUGGGCUAUUUCAUGGUGUACCCCCUGCUCGGUCGGGGCUAGGCACCCCCCCGGCGACGGUGGACGAUGUGCUCCGCACCUCCUGCUACUUUGUCUGGAAUAGCCGCUGUCACUUCUGCUGGGUCUGUCCUCGUCCCCACGCUAUGCAGGACGCAGCACCCCAGGGACUCGCUGCGGGGACCCUCGGUGCCGGCCCCCCCCGUGGUGGGGGGCAGCCCCACGGCCGGUGCUCUGCCACUGCCACCGUCCUCGGCUGGCGGCUGUCCUCCGGCUCUCAGGGAACUUUGGGUGGGUGAUGAUGGUGGGGGGGUGCCGGGCAUUUCCUACCCCCGCUGCUUUCUGGGGGGGGGGGGUUCAUCCUGGCUGGAACAGGAAUGGCCCAGUGACCUUGGGGAAGGGGACGUGCUGGGGACAGGCACCGCUGCCCUCCUGCCCAGAGCUGCCCUGCACCAAGCCCCUCUUCACUUCACACAGUGCCUUCUGGGGAUGGCGGGGGUCCUGCUGCCCCCUGCCCCCCCAAACCCCGCACACUGCUUCAGGGAUGGGGUCGGAGCAGCCCCCGAGCCAUCGGUGUGGCCGUGCUGAGGGGAAGCUGCUGCUGCGGGUGCCUCUUGCUGCUUCCUCGGGACACCCCUUUUAAUAAAAUCAUCUCGGUUGGUUGGCUCCUGGCU